AUGGCAAAGCACGCCCCCCUCGGCCUCGCGGCCCUCGUCCUCCUCGCCACAUCCCUCCUCUUCCUCUGGUUUAUCAUUCUCUCGGGCAUUAGCAACACCACGCCCUUCAACAAGACCUAUUUCCUCCGCGCCGACACAAGCGACAUCACCGGCGCCCGCGACGUCACCCAGUGGACCUUUUUCUACAUCUGCGGUGCCGGAAACAAGGACUGCAGCGGUGCUCGCCCUGCGCCCUCCAUCGGCCGCGCCUGGAGCCCGAACCCCUCCGGUGCACCGGACUCGCUGGUUGGCGGCAGCGAUGGUGAUCGAACCUCGGGCAAGUACUUUUUGCUCUGGCGCUUCGGAUGGGUGUUUAUCCUCAUCACCCUCUUCUUUGAGACGGUCGCCUUCUUUGCUGGUUUCCUCGCUUGCUGCGGCCGUCUUGGCGCUGCCAUCUCAGGAUGCUUCUCGACCCUGGCUCUGCUGUGCUCCUCAGUUGCCAUGUCCCUGAUGACUGCCACCUUUGUCAAGGCCCGUGAUGCCUUCAAGUCUGAUGGACGCUCCGCCUCCCUCGGCAGGUACGCCUUUGGCUUUGGCUGGGCCUCCUGGGCGGCUCUCUUCCUCGCCACCGUGCUCUUCUUCCUGGGCCUGCGCGGUGACAAGUCGUCGUCCAGCGGAGGCUACAGCGGCCGCACCUGGCGACGAAACCGCAGUGUCCGCAGCACCACGGGCUACGAUGGCCGCCGCGUCAAGGACGACUACUCUUAG